GCCGUUCUUUCUUGGCAAAGCGGCUGACAGCCCCUCAGCAACAGCUCGAGGCAUGCAAAGUAGACUUGCACUUCCCUUUACCAUAUAUGGAUUAUACCGGUGCGCACGAGAGCAGACGGAAACGUCUCGGAGAAAUUAAAACGUUUUCCUGUCAUCAGAUGAGGACAAAUUAACGUUUAUUGCUUAGUUGACAUCUCCCGUCUUAAAGAGAUAUACCACCAACCAGUUGCGUAGAUUUCGAUGGGAGAAGAAAAGUCUGAGACGCACGGAAACAGUCGCGCGCGCAUCGCACAGCAGUGAAUGAGAAAUCCACAGACAGUGAACGAGCAUGUCGACACUGCUGGAUCUGAAGAGCAGUGUGCUCAGGCAGGUGCAGAGGAGCCAGUCCCUGAGGGCCAGGAGGGAGCCACCGGCCAGCACCAGCGCUGGAGGGAGUCCCCCGACGCUCGCACGCCGCUCUGGCACCAUCGUACACAGGGUUGCCAGGGGAAACGGAGACUUCUUUGACCGCAUGAAUAAAAUCCUCCAGAAACAGGAUAGUCUGCUGUCUGCCGGCCAAAUGGAGGAGGAGAGCAGCUGCGCUCCUCCACCCCCAGAGUGCAAAGACCAGGCUUUUGUUCCAGAAAGAGCCACCAGGGAUGAGCUGGAUUUGUUGUAUGAGGAGGCUAUCUACACCGUGGUCAAUCGGGUUGGGGUGCCAUCGCCAGAAUAUGUUACCAGCGAAGGCGACAUUUUCAACUACUUGCAAAAGGUCUUUGAUAUGGGUCAAGAGGAGCAUGACAUUAUCCUCCAGAGAGUCAGAGAAUCAAAGAAAGCCAGCUUUUCUCUCAGGGUCUCUGUAAUGAAAGGCAAAAAUCUCAUGGCGAAAGAUGCCAAUGGCUACAGUGACCCCUACUGCAUGCUGGGAAUUCUCUUGGGACAAUCACCCAAAGACACAGAGGAGAAGAAAGAGAGGAAGUUCAGUUUUCGCAAGAGACGGGAGAAGUUAGAGAAGCGCUCCAGUGUUAAGGAGGUGUUGGCGGGCAGGGAUAUCCAAGUGACCGAAGUCAAACCAGAGACUCUUAACCCAGUGUGGAAUGAACACUUCGUUUUUGACAUUGAUGACGUUCACAAUGACCUUCUCCAUCUGGACAUAUGGGAUCACGAUGACGAUGUUUCUGUUGCGGAAGCCUGUAAGAAGCUGAAUGAAAUCAGUGGAUUCAGAGGAAUGGGCAGAUAUUUCAAGCAAAUUGCCAAAUCCGUGAGGGCCAAUGGGGCCGCUGCAUCAGGAAGUGAGGAGAAUGCAGAUGAUUUCCUAGGUUGCAUCAACAUCCCGUUGAACGAGAUUCCGGUCGUUGGUUAUGAUAAAUGGUUUAAGUUGGAGCCCAGAUCCAGCGCCUCUAAAGUUCAGGGAGAAUGUCACCUGAUUCUUCGCCUCUUCACCACUCAGAGAGACACAGCACUGAGUAAAAUGGCCUCCAAUGUAACCAUUCACAAGAAGAUGUUGAGUCAGAUUCUGGACUAUGAACACAAUCAAAUUCAGAAAGAGCCUUACAACUGGAAUGGACAAGUGUGUGCUGCUGCAUGGACUGUGCUGUCCCAUCAUGCAGUGCAGGCUGACCUCUCUCCUCUGCAGCAGGCCAUCAUCCGUUGGCAGUGUUACAGCAGCCAUCACCGCUCUCAGAGGAUGAGCUACGCUUUGCUUCUCAGGCUGCUGAAAACCGUGGAGGCAGAGUGGGAGGAUACCGCUGUGCACGGGGAGCUGGAGAGUCUUUUGGCAGAGAGCUUCAGACUUUACUGUGAUUACUGCCUGUCUCAAAUGAAGAGUAUGCGUCAAGUAUUCCCCUGCAACAAUUCUGCCGCCAUCAUACGCUGUGAGCUUAUGCUGAGGAGCAUUGGUCACAUGCAGGCAAUGGCAGCCUUUAGAGCAGUGUGUUCAAACCGCAAUGAACUGCACUUGGAAAUAGCAACAGUUAUAAAGAAAGGCACAGUUGAGUGGUAUGAAGGAAUAAUAUCAAACAUUAAACCAGAUGAAGGAACUUUAGAGGAGCAGCUGAGGCGUUUGGUUGUGGUGGUGGAUGCAGUAUGUGAUGAUGUGCAGAGAGGACAAAAUGUCUAUAACAAGCUUUAUUACAGCUCUGUGAAGGUUGACUUCUUCAGCAUCUCCUACCGGCAGUUAGAGAAGCUUGUGGCAGAUGACGUAAAUGUGGCAAUGGAGCGAGUGUGUGGGAACCUGGAGCAGGAGAGUUUUCGGUUCACCCAAACCAUGGGAGAGACCCUUUUUGAGCUCUACAUGUCUCUGAAGUCCCUCAAACGCUUUAGGGAGUACCUGCCUCUCAAAGACACUAAGAUGUUGGCUCUAACUGGAUUUCACAACUGGUUCAAGACCUCUAUUCACAAAUGGCUUCAGAUUGUUCAUGAGAGAUCCACUGACAGGAUCCGCAAAGCUGUGGAAAUGGAUCAGAUGGAGCCGAUUCAGAGUCAGACCAAACACAGCUCCUCGGCGGUGGACGUUACAACAUGCUUCAGCCAGGUGCGGGAGUUCUGGACCCAGCUGGCGUGGCCUGAUUCAGCAGGAGCCUUUAUCUUCAUCACACGCCUGACGGACAAUUUCUGCAGCGAGGCGGUGUGUUACGCUGAGCUGAUCAAGCGCAAGAUUGAGAGGGGCCAGCUGGGACGAGACCACAACAAGAGUUUCAUCGUGCAGGUCUGUAUCGCUCUGAACAGCACGGAGCAUGUGCGCGUGUACCUGGGAGGUCUGCCGCGGGAGCUGGACUGGCGGGGGGUAGAACAGGCCAUGGAGGAGUCGUGCGGCUUGGAAGGGAAGGAGCAGGUCAACAAGUCCCUGAAUGGGCAGCUCUACAACGCUGAUAUCGACCUGCAGAGGGAAGCCAAGCGCCUAAUCACACAUCUUACUGAUAGGAUGCUUUCUGAACUCAGGAGAUGCAUUCAACACAUCAGCCUAUCUCCAGACUCUAUUAACAAUGAUGAGGCUGUGGCUCCUCUGAUGAAGUACCUAGAUGACACUCUAGUCAUCCUCAAUGAGUCAUUGGUUAAAGAGAAUCUAACAAGGGUUCUGCAGAGUCUGUGGGAGCUGCUCCUGCGGAUGAUCCUGGACACUGUGGCGGAAAACAGGGGUGUCCAGGUGGAAUUCUACUCACGGUUCCAGUACACUGUAGAGACGCUGGUGCGGUUCUUCCACGCUGAUGGAGAAGGACUGCUCUUGGAAGACCUUAAGAGUGGAGAUUAUAAGGGCCUGGAUGAGGAGCUGCGUCUGAACAAAUGCUCCUCCUUUGAGCUGAUCGAACAGUAUUUCCUGGAGAAAAUCUCCCAGCAGAGAAUCUUAAAGCACAGUCGCUUUGGUCGUAUCAGUGUGAAGUGUUAUUAUGAUGCCCCUGAGCAAAGACUCACUGUGGAGAUACUGCAUGCAGCUGAUCUCAUUGCCCUGGAUGCUAAUGGCCUCAGUGACCCGUUUGUCAUCGUGGAGCUGUGUCCUCACCAUCUGUUCCCCAUGGCUCGGAGUCAGCGUACCCAAGUGAAGCUCAAAACCCUGCACCCUGUUUUUGAUGAGCUUUUUUACUUCCAUGUCAGCCCUGAGCAGUACAGGCACAGGUGUGCCUGUCUGACCUUCACUGUGAUGGACUAUGAUUGGUUGUCCACUAAUGAUUUCGCUGGCGAGGCUGUGGCCCCACUGAGUGACUUCUGCUGGCCGGGUAGGCCGAGUGCCACACCUGCUGGAAAGACCCUUCAACCCGUCAUCCUGCACUUGUCCCGGCAAAAACCAAGCGAGAAGCCCAUCAUGAAGAUGCUGGAGGCGAGAACGGGAGACAAAGAGGCUCAAGAGUUUGUGAGAAAGCUGAAAGAGAUUGAGAAGUCAAUGGAGGAAGAGUAAUGUGUCCCCUGUAGUGCACGUGUUUCUGAUGGUGGUCUUUUUUACCUGUUGUACUAUGUUUACUCUUCAAAUGCAAACUCUUUUAAAUGUAUUUUUCACUGUUGUCCAGAAGAAAAAAAAAGGUGAGGUAAAUGAUCAUGUUUAAAGAUCAGUAUUUUAUCACUGUUCAGCACUCAAUGUGUGCUGUGUUUUGAUGUUGAAGCCCUCUGAUGGAGCUUAUUGUUCAUAGAAUUGUAUGAAUUUAGUAGUAGAAGGGUCUAUUUUGAAAGAAACAUUUCUCAGUUGAAUUGAAUUCAAAUGCUUAUCUGAGCUAUAGUUUAUGACUUGAACUCAGAGAACUUGAAAUAAUUAGAUGUUUACUUGAGGAUUUUCAAAAGUGCUACAAAAGAUACAGUAUUUCUAUACAUGCAGCAGUUUUGCAAGGCCACAUACACACUGCAGACAAAUACGGUUCACUACAGAAAAACCCUUUUCUAAAUCAGUAUUUCUGUCUCGUCUUGUUUUCAAGUCAAAAUCCUUUUUCGAUAAGCAACUUUGUGUAAAAUAUUAUGUUUUCAGAGAAUUUAUCUCAAAUUAAUGUUAAUUUUUUCUUGCCCCACAAGAAAAUUUGUGACAUUUACAGGAAAAAAAAUUGUUCGCAAACACAAGAUAACUUUGACACUUCUUACCACUGUUUUGUUGCUUUUUCCAUAUAAAGCUACAUUUUGUCAGAUUUAUGCUUACUAAAAUUCAAAUGUUUGGCGUCGGUAAGAUUUUUUUUUUUUUUUAUGUUUUAAAGACAUCUCACCAAGACUAUUUAUUUGAAUAAAAAGUACAGUAAAAACAGUAAUAUUGUGAAAUAUUAUUACUGUUUUCUAUUUGAAUAUAUUUUAAAAUGUAAUUUAUUCCUGUGACAUCAAAGCUGAAUUUCCAGCAUCAUUACUCCAGUCUUCAGUGUCACAUGAUCCUUCAGAAAUCAUUCUAAUAUGAUUUGAUGCUCAAGAAAUAUUUAUUAUUAUCAAUGUUGACAACAGUUGUGCUGCUUAAUAUUUUUGUGGAAACCAUUUUUUUUUUUUUCCAGAUGAUCUGAUUAAUAGAAAGAUAAAAAAGCAGCAUUUAUUUGAAAUGGAAAUCAUUUGUGACAUUAUAAAUUUCCUUACUGUCAUCUUUGAUCAAUUUAAUGCAUCGUUGCUGAAUAGUAUUCCUUUCUUUCUUUAUAUAUAUUAUAUAUAUAUAUAUAUAUAAAUCAUACUGACCCCAAACUUUUGAUCACCAGUUGCUGAAAUUAAUCACAUCAGAAAUCUGCAAACAUGCAAGAUGGUUUCAUACGGCCUCUCAAGUUUGUCCAAACCCUCAAUGUUAUUUUCAUUUGCCCUUUAAUAUUUCCCCAAGCAAUUUGAGAUGGAAAAUGUUGGCAUCUUUGUUUGUUUUACAGCCAAACCGUUGCUAUGGUUAUCGCCAUGUCAAGAGUGACUCCUGUAUUCCAUACACUGCCACAUUUAAAUGCAGUUGUCACUCCCUAAACUUUGCAGUGUGUAUGUGGCCUAUACGUGUAGCAAGAAAGGCAACAGAAUUUUGAUGACUUUUUCCAUGUAAUCAUACAGCAGAGCCGAUACGAUAAUGUUUACCUUAUUAAGUGUUCUCUGUUCACUCUUAUCAAGGAAAAUACUUUCAGAAAAGUCCUUUAUCUUAAACUGUGAAUGUUCAGUAUUUGUCCUUGAAAUCACACUGGAUUGUGUUGAGAUUUUAUCGUAGCAAUUCUGUAAGAUGUCGUCUUUCCUAAAGAAUGUAUUCGUUUAUGCCAA